CACCUAUAAAUAACCAAGCCAACCGCUCUCCCAUACCCACACCAAAGCAGCUCUACCAGAUCAUCUCUUACAACCAAAAUCUCCUUCGCACCAACAUUCCCUUGAGCAUCAAACAUUUCUCCCGUUAACAAGCGAAAGAUGGAUCUAAGAAUCAUGGGCUUAGACUCCCCAAUCUUCUCCACCCUCCACCACGUUAUGGAUCUCGUCGACGAGGCCGACAAGUCGUUCAACGCCCCGACACGAACCUACGUCCGGGAUGCCAAUGCCAUGGCAGCCACUCCGGCCGACAUCAAGGAGUAUCCAAAUUCCUACGUUUUCGUCGUCGACAUGCCAGGGCUGAAGGUUGGCGACAUCAAGGUUCAGGUUGAGGACGACAAUGUGCUACUGAUAAGUGGCGAGAGGAAGAGGGAGGAGGAGAAAGAAGGGGCGAAGUAUGUGAGGAUGGAGAGGAGAGUUGGCAAGUUAAUGAGGAAAUUUGUGUUGCCGGAAAAUGCCAACAUUGAUGCCAUCUCGGCGGUUUGUCAGGAUGGUGUGCUCACCGUGACGGUCCAAAAGUUGCCACCACCUGAGCCCAAGAAGCCCAAGGUGGUUGAGGUCAAGGUCAAUUGAUGGGUUUGGUUCAUGAGUUUUCAGAAUAUGGCCCUGCUGGUUUUCUCCUUUAAUUUUCUUCCUUUUUGGUGGUGUUUUGUGUGGUAAUGUCUGUAAUGUGGGUUGCCUCUGUAGUGUGUGCUUGAUGGUUUAUGUCAAUGAAUAUUUACAGGUUUCAUCAGAAAUGUCGAAUCUUUUACUA